AUGAAUUGGAUAGAAACGAAUGCUUUCAAAGCUUUCAAAGCAUGUGCCCGAAUUGAAUGGAGCCCCAAUGUGUAUAUAACCCUUGUGAGGGGAAUUCCAGGCACUAGGAGGCUUCACCGCCGCACUUUAGAGGCAUUGUGUCUCCGCAAAUGCAAUCGCACUGUCAUGCGGUGGAGCAUGCCCACUGUUAGGGGAAUGCUACAGCAGGUGAAAAGAUUGGUUGUAGUUGAGACAAAAGAGAUGUAUAAGGCUCGCAAACAGAAAGAGGCAAACCAUCGAGCGUUGUGUCCCCCAUUGGUUGUAAAUCAUCUCCCGGGUCUUGCAACUGAUUCUUCUUAGCAGCCACCAACAUUCUUCAUAGGUUAGUUGUUCAAUGUUUUCGUAUGGCUUUUGGUUCCAAAUUCUAAUAAAUAACUCAGUUGCAUCA